CAAAAAUUCGAUUUAUCGAUAAGAAUUUUAGCUCCCUAAAUGAAUAAUAACAAAUAAAAUAAAAAUUCAACGAUGGAUAAAGAUUCUGAUAGCACUGUCACAUCUUUGGACGAGAAUACCGAAAAUUUUUGCAGCAACCAAACCAGAGAUAUUCUCGGCGAGGGCAUUUUAAACCUUUUUAAGCCUGUAGUGGAAAAAUUGGACGAACGUAUUCAGGGAACAAGAGAAGCCCAGAAAGAACUUAAAACCCAAUUGGACAUAUUGUCGGUUCAGUUAAGGGAUAUUGAAAAGGCUCAACACAAUAUACCUGAAUUCUCCGAUAAGGUGAAAGAAUUGAUAAACGUAAAGCAUAAAGUUACCGUUAUUGCAAAUAUCCUAACCAGCAGUCAAGAGCGGUUGGCCGGUCUGCACAAGCUAAUCGAGAAGGAGCAGAGAAGGAGACAAGCUCUGUUAGAUUCGGCCAUCAGUACAAAUAUCUCAUAA